CCUGCUUUUUGACAUAUUGACGUGGAACUGUCAACGAACACGAAUCGGGAGCCGACGCGGCAGUCAAGGAAAGUGUUUCAUUCGAGUGGAAAUUUUCAAUUGAAGCAGAGUUGCCAGCAAUAUAUUUUGAUUAGACAUGGACAAGGUUGUUAAGUUCGCCGAGCCUGGACGCGCCUUCGCCAAGGACUCGAUCCGUUUGGUGAAGCGUUGCACCAAGCCCGAUCGCAAGGAGUUCCAGAAAAUCGCCAUUGCCACCGCAAUCGGGUUCUGCAUCAUGGGAUUCAUCGGCUUCUUCGUCAAGCUGAUACACAUCCCCAUCAACAACAUCAUCGUGGGCUCCUAGACGCAACAAUUUUGGCCAGGGACCAGAACAAUAUCAAUCAUCAACUCUAGCAUACAUUACAAGAUUUUUUGUUUAGUUUACAUGCAUUAUCUAUAGAGGAUCUAUGUGCAUUCAACGAAUGCCUCCAACAGAAAUUUCAUAUAUAUGUGAAAGCGUAUUGCAAAUGUUCAAAAUUCCAUUUAUAAAUCUAUGUCGAAGUGCAUGAAACGCGUUAGCUGAUAAGAACCAAAUGUAAAGAUAUGAGCCAGCCACCUCCAUCCACAUGGAUGGGGGCGGACUUCAUCAAUAAAUGUGAAUCAGAUUUUCAAGUAAAA